UUGGUUAAGUGCAUAUAUACAAGUAGUUCAUCAGCUCAUCCGUCAAUGCCGUGCUGUACUGUACCUCCACCAAUAUAAUUCUCUGAUUGGUGGAUUUUGAAUUUCCUUUGAAACCACACAAAAAUCCAUGCGAGAACCCCUGAGAGAAAUCUGCCCAAUCAAGUGUAGGAAUCCAGAGUAAUUCGUUCUCUGACCCUGACAACCGCCUCCCUCCCCGGAAUAUUGAAAUCUUGGAUCGAAUCCGCAAAACCCCUGACUUUAAUGGCCUAAUUUCGGAACCCAUUCCGGAAUUAGGGCUUCGAAGCUGGUGGGUUGUGUGAAUUUUGGGGUUGAUGAGUGGAGGGGCGAUGGCGGAGGAUGAGAUUGAGUACGAGAGCGAUCCGGAGGAGGCGAGGCUGAUAUUGAAGACGCGGAGGAGAGAGGCGAGUGACGAUGAAGAGGAUGAGGGAGGGGAGAUUACGGAAAAGCCGCGGCGGACGAUUGUUGAUUCUGAUGGGGAAUCUGAAGGCGCUCCGGCGGAGUACGAGGAUGAAUAUGAGGAAGAAGAGGAACAUUACGAUUUGGGUGAGGAGUAUGUGGAGGAGAUGGAGGAGGUGCAUCAUGAAGAAAGUGAUGUUAGCAGAGGCGACAAUGCUGUGGAGAUGGUGGUGGUGAGGGCCAAGAUACGGAAAGAUGGUGGGGCCGCGGGGGUGUUGAUGGUGGAGAAGAAGGGGUUGAACAAUGACGCAAGUCAAGUUAACAGCAAAAAUAAUGAUAUUGAUGAUGGUCAGCGUGAGGGAGAAAAGAAAGAGAUAGAGCCUUAUACAGUGCCUACGUCAGGUGCAUUUUACAUGCAUGAUGACCGCUUUCGAGACGAUGCUAGUGGACGACAUAGGCGUACAUUUGGAAGAAGAAAGUUAUGGGAGUCCAAGGAUGAUAGGAAAUGGGGCCAUGAUAAGUUUGAGGAGUUGACUAUGCAGGAAAGGAGCUACGAAGAGCGUAAGAAGGGUACAAGUGGUCGUUAUCGAGGUCGUGGUAGGAAUACAGCUGCAGACCGUGGUUAUGCACGAGGAAACGUACCCAAAGAACGUGUUAGUAAUGGCACUCAGAAUAAUAACAACCAGAACAAUGCUCCAAAGGGCGCCAGGGGGAGAGGACCUCGAAGGUAUCAACCAUCUCUUAGGAGCAGUGAGGCACCUUUAACUCAAAACAGACGAUCGGGAAAAUCAGUUGAGAAGCCCUUGAAUGUUAAUUCUGCAAGAACCAGUGAAUCUAUGCUUAAUGCAGAGCCUCAAGUGGUGCUGCCCAGAAAACAAGUGUUUGCGUCUAAUUUGAACAUUGCUUCUCCACCAUUUUAUCCUUCUGGUUCUUCCACAAAAGACAACAGUGUGCCCAACAAGAGGGAUGCCCAUGCUAGCAUAAUUAAUCGGAAUGGUCAGCCAUCAGUUACCAUGGCACGAUCCUCCGAGGUGCUGCAGGGAAAGAAUAUAGUGGAUUUUAUUGGUCUGGAUAAGCUUUAUGUUAAUGAUUCACUUUCUGCAAUUUCUGGAAAGCCUGCAAACACUAUGCAAAUGCAGCUAACUGGUCCCUUAGCUAUUAACUCUACUCAACAACAGUUAGGCAGUCAAGGGAGAGGAACAGCUCCCUUGACACAAAUGGCCUACCAACCAGCUGUCUCUAAUACCCAAGUCAGGUUUCCUGCACCAAAACGACUACAAGAUGCUCAGAGCAAUCCUGGUCAAGCUCGUGAGCAAACGUCUGUGCAAGCUUCUGGCCAGCAGUUUCCACAACGUAUUUCCAGUGCAUCACAGACUUCUUCUCCAUCAAAGGCUACUGGAGCUGUGAAUGCAAUUGAGUCUGUUGAGCUGGAAUCUAUUUCAGAACCGAGUAAAUCCAAGACUGGAUUUGUUCAUAAAGGAAAAGGUAGUGAGCGAGGCAGUGGAAGGGGCUCCUUCCUAUAUGGUGGAGCACAGGUUCUGGGGCCCUCUGGUAAUAUGGGCAGUGGUCAUGGCGAUCAAAACUUCCCUGCUUUCUUGCCAGUCGUGCAACUUGGAGGCCAGCAUCCUGGUGGAAUAGGAGUUCCUGCUGUUGGCAUGGCCUUCCCGGGAUAUGUUGCUCAACCACAAGUUGGUCUAGGGAAUUCUGAAAUGACUUGGCUACCAGUUUUGGCUGGUGCUGCUGGAGCACUGGGGGCAAGAUAUUGUCCUCCAUAUAUUACUGUUGAUGGUUCCUAUAAUGCUCGCCCAUCUGGACCAGCGACGUCUAUAACAGAUGCUUUCAGUAAAGAAGAUAAUGCAACAAAUGUUGGUAGUGAUUGGAAGCCUUCACAGAAGCCUGAACUUGCAAAUGACGAGUUUGGCCAGAGGCAAAAGAAUCCCCGAAGAUACACAGAGAUGAAAUUUGACCAGUGAUGUAUGUAGAUAGGUUGAACCCAUUGCAGUAAGCAGAUUAAGUCAUAAUUGUUGCAGUGAAAAUCUCCUCCAUCUGUUCGGUGUCGCUGAGUUUCUUGGUUGUGUUUUUGGUGCUGUAAGCCUUCUUCCAGGCCCUCUCUGUUCUCCAAUUCCUGAUCUGGAUCACAUAUGGGCUUACUGAAUAUUCUGAGGUAAUUUAGACAGGUAGACGGGGAAAAAAGCCUGAUCUUGCUUCUUAAUUUGAGGAAGAAUACUGCAGCUUGACGGGUGGCAAUUCCUUGCUCUUAUAUGCUGUUCUUGUGCAUUCGACUUCAUAAAGCUUGCCAAGUCUUCUUUAAAAAAGUAUUGGAAUAACAGGCGGCAAAGCUUCCUUCCUCAACCUGAGUGUUUCCUUGUUCUUAUAAAUGUUGGGUUAUAUCAGUCUGUGCCGAUUGCCUAUCCAGGUUUUCAAAGAACUUGCACUUUCUGGAUAUCCUCUUCAGCGGAACACAGUCUCAACUCUCUUUUUCUUUUAAAGAAUCAGUCUUUGGUUUGAUGCUAAUAGAUUGGGUUGAAAGCAAAACUACUACUAGCUGAUAUUGGGCUGUUGUUCCUUCUAUGACAACGAUAAAUGUUUCUAUUUCUGUUCUACGGUUGUAAUUAUUAAUGAACUGUGACUGCAUUAGCUUAUCAUUUUCUUCUUGUUUACCUAUGUUGACUCAGAUAUGUGGUGAUCAUUUUUCAUACUUGUGUGUUC